AUGUCCCAGCAAAAGUGGAAGAUCGCCUUUGGCUGCGACGAAGCCGGCGUCGACUACAAAAACGCUCUCCUGAAAGAUUUCCAGAAGGAUGCUCGAGUUGAUUCCGUCGUCGAUGUCGGUGUUGUUUCUUGCUCGGACAAGACUGCUUACCCGCACGUUGCUGUUACAGCCGCACGCAAGGUUGCCUCGGGCGAAGUGGACCGUGCCUUGCUCAUCUGCGGUACGGGUCUCGGUGUAGCUAUUGCAGCUAACAAGGUCAACGGUGUUCGUGCCGUCACCGCCCAUGACAGUUACUCGGUAGAGAGAGCGAUCUUGAGCAACGACGCUCAGGUGCUCUGCAUGGGUCAGAGAGUGAUCGGAUUGGAGUUGGCUAGAAAGUUGGCCAAGGAGUGGUUGGCUUACAAGUUUGACCCCACCAGUGCAAGCGCUGCCAAGGUUGAGGCGAUUUGCUCUUAUGAGACUGCUGAUAAGCACUAG